AUGGACGAAAAUUUAAGCAGAGGAUAUAUUCAAUUAGGAAAAACCGUGCAUGAUUUUAGAUUUAAUAGUGGAUUUAGUCAUUUGACACCUCCUGUUGAUAAAUUUAAUAUAGUUUAUUAUGCCCUCAUAUUAGCCGGUACAGGAUUUCUUUUACCUUAUAACAGUUUUACAAUAGCUGUAGACUAUUUUCAAUCUCGAUAUCCAGGCACAACAAUCGUCUUCGACAUUUCUUUAGUGUACAUUGUAAUGGCAUUCUUUGCGGUUUUGGGUAACAACAUUCUUGUUGAAACAUUAAGUUUAAAUACUAGAAUCACUUUUGGAUACUUGAUUUCCUUCUUUACUUUAUUAUUUGCUGUUAUUUUUGGUGAAAUUUGGUGGGAAGUGUUUGGACCCAAUACUACUUACACAAUGACUUUGGUUGCUGUGGCAGUGGUUGCACUUGGCUGUACAGUUCAACAAUCAAGCUUUUAUGGUUAUACCAGUAUGUUACCCAGUAGAUACACUCAGGCAGUAAUGGCCGGUGAAAGUGCUGCUGGUUUGCUAGUUUCCCUUAAUAGAAUAAUAACUAAAAGUCUAAUUGAUGAUCAAAGAUUAAACACAUUAAUAUUUUUUUUCUUAUCGAUUUUAAUGAUAGCAAUUUGUUUUGCUCUCCAUCGGUGCGUUAAUAAAUCUGAUUUUGUGCAAUUUUACAUGACGAUAUGUCAAGAUUCGAAAAAAAUUAUUUUAGAACCGAAAGAAGAUUACGGCUUGAUGGAUCCGGGAGAUGUUUCUGAACCUUGUAAAAAUCAAUAUGGAAUAUUAAAAUUUAACACUGGUUCUUCGACGACCGGAAGUGCAUCAGAAUAUUCUAAUACUGGACAAUAUUCAUCUUUAAGUUUUGCAAAUCCAGUUUACGAACCUAGAGGUUCUGGAGUAGGACCAUCGUAUAAAGUAGAAGAUAUUGUUCUUCAAGAUAAAAAUUUAAGAAAAUCAUCGGGAAAAUUAAAAGGAUUCAAAAGGGGAAUUUUAGCACGGUGGGAAGUCGCCAAAAGUAUUUGGCCUUAUAUGUUAACCAUAGGUUUUGCUUAUUUCAUAACAUUAUGCUUAUAUCCAGGUAUCGAAUCAGAAAUUGUUAGUUGUAGGUUCAAAAGUUGGAUGCCGGUGAUAAUAAUGACAAUUUUUAAUGCUUCUGAUCUUGCGGGCAAGAUCUUAGCAUCUGUACGCCACAGCUGGUCAAAAACAAACAUGUUGAUAUUUGCGGGAUGUCGAGUUUUACUCAUACCUUUAUUAUUAUUAUGUGCAAUGCCAAGAGGUCACCCAUAUUUAUCAGGUGAAGGAUAUCCAAUGUUUUUCUCGUUACUUUUGGGUUUAACAAACGGUCUCAUCGGUAGCAUUCCCAUGAUUCAAGCUCCAAGUAAGGUUUCUGAAGAAAACAGAGAACUUACAGGAAAUAUAAUGACGUUUUCGUACAACAUUGGACUCACGGUUGGGUCUAUAGUAGCCUACUUACUAGAUGCUUUGGUUGGCGAAAGAAUUUCCAAUCCAUGCGGCUUUAAUUCAUCGAUAGAAGCAAUUUCGUCAAUAAAAAAUAUUUCUUCUUACACAUUAGGACUCACUACGACAACCUCAACUUCUAUCAUCACACCUGGAUUUUCGAAAUCCACGGAAACUCUUACAUCCACAGCGAUUUCUAUAUUAAAUUCUACAUUGUCCGCAAUCACAGAUUCUAGUAUUAUAUCAGCAACGGAAUAA